AUGGAACCUAAUGCCACUAUCUUUGAUUAUCUGCAAUUUAACGAUGGUAUAGUCAGUAGAGAACAAUAUCUCUAUCUGGGUGGCAUCUUUACCCUGGUCAAAGCAAUUGGAGAACCCACAGCUUCUGCCUGCCUCAUUCUCAGUGCUAUCAUCUUUUUGCUGGAACGGAAACGGAACGCAACCACUAUUUACUUAGUGGUCUUGAACUUGGCCGAUGCCGCUCAUAUGGCUUUUCUACCAUUGUUCAACCUCUGCAACAUGACCCCGGGCUGCGAACAAAUUCCUGAAAAUGGUCACGUGAUGCUUUGGUUUGGUUUAUACUUAUCAGUUUCGUGCCGUCGAAGCGCCCAAGUCCUGAAUCUCAUCGUUGCUACGCAAAGAUUCAUUGCGAUAGCUUUUCCCCUGAGGGCCAAGACUUCCUUCUUGCUCAACCACCCGCAGUUCACCUCACUUGGCGUACUGAUAGUGUCUUUCAGUGUGCACAGCUACACUAUAGUUAUGUAUGAACCGGUGACACACGGUGUGGGUUUGAGUCAGCUUGGCAUGGAAUAUUAUGAUAUGUUCACUACUUUGCAAUUCGUCAUUAUGUGCCUAAUGCUGCACCAAUCUCUCGUUCUCACCUCUGCCGUCAACAUAGCUACCAUUGUCACACUCGUUCGGCACAAACGGAAAAUGCGAGACAUUCGUAACACCAACGCAGCUCGUGAGAAAAAUGAACGUUCGAUGACCAUCAUGGUGCUCGUAUGUUCCGGACUAUUUGUGAUCAGGUACCUUCCUGUCAGCACUAACUUUGUCCUUAUAGAUACUCUGCCAGACUAUGGUCCCUUUACCCGAGAGACAUAUCUAUUUCUUUCUGUGGCUUCGGGUGCUAUGAUGUGUCAGAUAAUUGCCGUCCUGUUCAUCUUCAUUAGCUACAUCAUGCUAAAUGCCAACUUCAGGAAGAAUCUCAUCAUGAUCCUGUUUACCAUCCUCUGUCCUCUCCCCAAGUGCCGCGUAUAUUUUUCUGCUUUGAUCGGCAAAGAAAAAAACAGCUUCAUAGGAGCUGAAACUGCCAAGAAACGUUAG